UUGGUGCUUUCAUCUAGAGGACUCCAAUGGCAGCGGUGAUACUAGAUAAGUUCAGCAAUGACAACCCAGAGGGCUGGUUUUAUCGAGAAGAGCGUUACUUCAAAUUUCUUGGUUUCUACGAUGAAGACUGGUUACCUCUUCCAUAUUUUUAUCUGGAAGGUGAUGCCCUCGCUUGGUUUGAUUGGCUCUUUCGCAACAAACAAUUCCAUGAUUGGAACCAUUUCAAGGAGAAAUUAUUUUUGCAAUUUCGGAAACUACCUGUCGUAGAUUGGAAGAGGCGGCUGGAUGAUUCAUCCCUGGUGUAUCAUAGCUACAUUAGCUACUCUACUCUGAAUUCAUUUGAGGCUCAAGUAUCUCCUUUAGCUGAUUUGCACCAUAAUUCCAAGUUUUAUGAGUUAGAAUCUGCAUCCGAAGUUGGUAAAUCAGAGGACAAGCAUGUGUUCGAUGAAAUGUCUCCUAGGAUUUUCACCAGAGCAGUAGAAGAACAUUCUUCUGUUAUAACAGCGUGCCAAAGCACAAAUGCAAAUGCUUAUAUCUCUCACUUUGUAGCUGAUUUGGGCGAUAUUCAGUCACCUAAGUAGUUCGACGCAAUGUUACAUUGUUGAUGUCCCAAUGUAUGCGUUGACAUAAAAUCAGAUGCUCCAAUCGAUAUACCUGAUUUAGAAGCUACAGGUCCUGCAAGCAGCGAAGUCCAACUAUAUAAUGAAAAUGCUCAUAAAGAUAUGUCACAGAGAGAAUUGUCCGGGAAGCUCAAGUCAAGUGUGACCCUCUAAAUGCCAAGAUUGUAGCUGGUUGCCUUAUGAUUUAUGGUGGUAUUGUGCCAAAAGGUUAUCAAUGUUGUAGUGACCAGCAUCUCAUGUCACAUUGACAUAAAUCACAUCUUCUCCUUAUAUUCCACAGGAUACCUUGGUGUAGAGACAAUUGGCAGGGUGCGCGCUACUAACACCUCUCUUGACUACAAGGUUCUUUUUGAGGACGGAAGUAUUGUUGUGAACCAACCUUACUUGGGAAGAGAUUAUGGGCCAGAAAUGAGGAACGGGGCUGACCGGACUAUUGUGCCAAGAGCUAAAGGCCCAGUGAUUGAACAAGCAAACAGAAUACUAGCACGUUCUAUUUGGGAUCCAGGGAAGAUACGGGGCAUGGUGUUGAAGAAGAAAAUGUAUGCUCCUCUCAUCUCCUUGCUCUGUGUCUAAGCUUCUCAUCCCCUUCUUCUAUGGUGCAUUUCUGUUCUCUCAUCCCUCUAUGUUAUCUCUCAAUUAUCCCUUACUGUUUUAUUGUAAUUUCCAGUAUUUGUAAGUCCCUUUAGUGAAUCAAUAUAGCUAGUUGGUUUGGUUGUUAUUCGGUU